AUGGCUGUCAUGGGCAAAAAGGCAGUUCACUUUGGUGCCGGCAACAUUGGCCGAGGCUUUGUUGCUUGCUUCCUCCACAACUCCGGCUACGAAGUCGUCUUCGCCGAUGUCAACGGCGACCUGAUUGACAAGAUCAACGCCACUCCCUCCUACAGAGUCAUUGAAGUCGGCUCCGAGGGCACCUCAGAAAACACAAUCACAAACUACCGCGCCAUCAACUCCCGCACCCACGAGGAGGACCUGAUCGAGGAGAUCCGCACCGCCGACGUCGUCACCUGCUCCGUCGGCCCCAACAUCCUCAAGUUCAUCGCCCCCGUCAUCGCAAAGGGCAUCGACCGCCGCGCAGACGAAAACCCCCUGCACGUCAUUGCCUGCGAGAACGCCAUUGGAGCGACGGACACUCUCGCCGGCUUCAUCAAGGACGCCCGAAACACCGACCCGGAGCGUCUCGAGUCUCACCACAUGCGUGCUCGCUAUGCCAACUCCGCCAUUGACCGCAUCGUGCCCGCCCAGGACCCCAACGCCGGCCUCGACGUGACGCUGGAGAAGUUCUUCGAGUGGGUUGUCGACAAGACUCCCUUUGAGGACGUUGGCAUCCCCUCCAUCGAGGGCAUCAACUGGGUCGACAACCUGGCACCCUUCAUCGAGCGCAAGCUGUACACCGUCAACACCGGCCACGCCACCGCCGCCUACCACGGCUACAACCGCAGGAAGCGCACCGUCUUCGACGCCCUCCAGGACAAGCAGAUCAUGGCCGAGGUCCGCGGCGCCCUGACCGAGACCAAGAACCUGCUCGUCGCCAAGCACAACAUCGACGAGGAGGCCCAGCUGGCCUACAUGAACAAGAUCAUCAAGCGCAUCGGCAACCCUCACCUGGAAGACGCCGUCGAGCGAGUCGGCCGCGCUCCCCUGCGCAAGCUGUCGCGCAAGGAGCGCUUCGUCGGCCCUGCUGCCGAGGCUGCCGAGAACAACAUGCCCAUCAAGUACCUCCUCGACGCUAUCGAGAUGACGUUCCGCUUCCAGGACGUCGAGGGCGACGACGAGUCCAAGGAGCUGUCCACCAUCAUGUCUGAGAACACGCCCGAGGACGUCGUUGCCAAGGUCUGCGGCAUCCAGGCCACCGAGAAGAUUUAUCCUCAGCUGGUCGACAUUGUCAAGCGUGUCCAGGCUGACAGCGAGGAGUAA